CUCUCAAAGAACGCCCGUGAUGCAGACCCACUCACUCAAGAUAGGAUCACACGAGAGCAAUAUACAAGGGUAUCCGUGUCGAACCUGUAUAUUCUGUCAAUACUUAAGAUUGACAUUUCGUGGCAUUAAACUUUAAAAAAAUGGAAAUUCAAGCAGUGCUUACGAUUCUAUAUUGGUUGGUUUGCGGGACUGAUUACGUCUAUUCUUCAUGUCUCUUGCUAAAAUAUGUUCAUUCUGGUAGAUGCUGCGACCAAUGUCCACCUGGAAAGUUCGUACAAAAUCACUGCAAUGAAACAACACAAACAGUUUGUGAAACUUGCAUGGUUGGCACAUUCUCCUCAGACUGGAACUCCAGAGAAGAAUGUUCCCCAUGUAAUGACCAUAACUGCAAACCAACAAUGGGACUGGUUCAAAUCUGCAACUCAACAGUGAAUAACCAAUGCGGGUGCGUGAAUUUGGACCAGUUCCAUGACAGAGCAACAGACUCGUGCAGAGAUUGCAAACGAUGUCGUCCUGGGACAUAUCCUGAGAAGCCCUGCACAGACGAAACUAUUUGUUCUCCAUGUCAAAAGGGUUAUUUCUCUAACAAAACGGACAAUUGCUAUGAGCAGUGCGUUAGGUGCAGAGAUUGUGUACUGUAUGAAAAGCAGUGCUCCUCAACAAAUGAUGCUGUCUGCUCUCGCGAUUUUUUCCCCACGACCCCACAACGACAAACCUUUGAGGAAAGCACACCUAAUUUGAAAACAGAAGAAAAACAUAUUCAUGAGGAUUCCACGAAACCAAGUAAAUUUGAGCCCAUAUUAAUCGUAAUAAUUGUGACGCUGAUAGCACUGACUCUUAUUGUCUGCCUAAUUCUACUCUACUGCAAAAGGAAGCAAGAAACAUGCCCAUAUCGAGCAGGUUAUGGAUUUAAUAUCAUCACAGAAUCUCGAGGCAGAACUACUUCGUUUGGAGGUUUGUUACUUCGCGAACAGCCUGCAAGAAUUAUAUUGGGUCUUCACGCACUGUUAAACCCAAAGACGCAAAAUAACUGGAGAGCUGUUGCAGCUGAACUUGGUGUAUCCUACCUCAGUAUUCUUAAUUUUGAAGCUAACAUUGAAACUUCGUGUAAAGAAAUGCUUCACUCUUGGGGUACAUCAAACGACGCCACUGUCGAUAAACUGUACGAGGCUCUGAGAAAGAACGGAAGGGAUGAUGCCUGCAGAUUUCUAGAGGAAAACGUGGAAUUUGAAAGCGAAGAAACUACAGUCUAAUGGUGAGAGUUACAGAGAGUUUAGACAUAUUUUCCGUUUAAUAUGGUAUAUUAUUGUUGGUAAAGAAAAUUUCUGAGUUAUGAAUAUUUUAUAUUGAGUUGAAAAACAUAUUUGGGGCUGGUAUUUGGUUCAAAAGGUGCACAGGGUGGACAGGGUUGGGUGCACAGCUUUUAUUAAUGAUACCUGAAUUUUUGAUACAUCAGGUAAUAUUUUAUUUCUUAGCAAUGCUUUGCAUUUAAGUAGCUACGUUAUUUAGCAUUGAUGUUUAAAACAUUUCAUUUCAUUAUCAUGAAAACAUGCAAACAGUACGUUUGAUUCAAGCAUUCUAUUCCAUGCAACGCAUUUAUAUUAUUAUAUAUCACUUGUCAAAGUUUGGUGUUCGUAGCGUUUCAUUGGUCGAGAGCGAAUCACGCGGA